AUGAACUGGAGCAGAUUGUGUAAGGGGAACUUUAAUGGGGCAUCCUUCAUUGCUGCAAGUUUACCACAUGUAUCAGCUGAAGAGUGUAUCUUUGACUCUGCAAAUUGUGAAGGUUGUUUCUUUAGUGAGGCUGAGCUCAAUAGAGGAACUUUCAAAGAGGCCAAUCUGUGUAGGGCAAACUUUUACAAGGCAAAGCUACUGGAUUGCAACUUAUCCCAUGCCAAGUUAGCACAUGCUAACAUGCAAGAUGUAGAUUUAAGUGGCGCAGAUCUUGGUAGCGCAGAUCUUUCUGGUUGUGUAUUUUCAAAUGCCAACCUUCAAAAUGCUAGUUUGAUUAGGGCCAAAUUACCUAAUGCUGCUUUGAAAGGUGCACAUCUGUUGAAUGUUGAAUAG